CCGCCAUCGAAUUUGGUGAGCGUGGUGGCUUUGUACACCCUGUCAAUGGAGAGAGAGACUGUGCCAUCUCUGUCUCUUUGAAUCUUUAUCUUUUACCUACUCUUCUUUGAAAAUUCCGUGUACAGUACUUUCGAUUGCGUCAAACAUCCAGUUUUCUAGAGCACAGGUAAACUCCUCCUUUUCGGGUUUCAAGAAAUCUCGCCUUUGUUGAUUAUACGUUUCUUCAUUUCUUUCCCCAUUGAGGAUCAGACCCAUCAUCGAUAUUUGGUCAGUUUUGCGAUGCUACCAUUAAUCGUACGCUAUUAAUCGCAGCUAUCUUAUUGAAGGAUUGAGAAUAAGAACUUACUCAGUUUACUUCUGUGCUAAACUGCAAUUCUUUUAGUAUCUGUCAUAAUUUGAUUGAAGUUGAUCCUCCUUACAAUAAUCCCAUUUCGAUUUCUCCAAGGAUCGAUAUAUUUUGCAUCAUCAAGAGUGAGAGUUCUGUAGUCUCAUUAUGGAUAAUUAUGGGUCUUCAUCGCCACAUCGUUAUCCAAGCUCCUAUGGAUACCAUAGUAGUCCUCCUCCUCCUUAUCCGCCUCCUGCUUCAGAUCCAAUGGUUCCUCCUCCAUACCCCUAUGCAUUCAGUCAUUCACAGUCCUUUAACUAUUCCUAUCCCCCACCUCCUCCACCAUUUGACAAUAGCCAUUACCCUCCACCACCGGCCUAUGACCAUACCCCUCCGCCCUCAGAUUAUAGCCAUACUAGUCCACCAGCUGACUUUAAUUAUCCCCCUCCACCACCCUAUUCUGCUCCUCACCUUUAUCCUUAUUCAUACCCCAUUCCUUCAGGGAUUCAUAAUCCCCCUCAGCCUGCCCACCAUAAUAGUUUUCAGUAUGGAUCAUCUCAUUAUCCUCCCCAACAAACUGAGGCAGGUCCAUAUCCCCAAAGUCAACCUCUGGCCCAUUCACGAGCAAAUAGCUUCUCCGGUUCCCCCCAGCACGAGAAAAUGAGCUCUGCUGGAGACAUGUCAUUGCAAACUAGUCAUAGUUUCAAGCCUUCUCGGACUUCUGCAUACCCACCAUUGGAUGAUCUUAUGGGCAAAGUUAGCUUGUCUGAUAACCAGCCAACUGCUCCUGCAGCCCCUGCUCCUUUGGGGCAGCACCUAGCACAUUCAAUUACAGUUCCACACCAAGAAAAGCGAGAGGAAUUUUACAGUUAUCUUAAUAACUCCUCUGGAUGGGAGUCUUCCUACUCUGGUCGGGUCGAUUCAUCUAAGCUUUCAUCUUAUUCAGGCUCAUUUAAUGAUUCAAUACAUAGUCAGAGUUUGCAGAUUGUUCCAUCACAGAGUAAGGGGUCGUUGAAAGUGUUGCUUCUACAUGGAAAUUUAGAUAUAUGGGUCCAUGAAGCCAAAAAUCUUCCAAAUAUGGACAUGUUCCACAAAACUUUAGGGGAUGUGUUUGGUAGAUUACCGGUAAAUAUGAGUAACAAAAUUGAGGGAACUAUGAGUAAGAAGAUUACAAGUGAUCCUUAUGUAACAAUUUCAAUAUCAAAUGCUGUAAUUGCGAGGACUUUUGUGAUUAGCAACAAUGAGAAUCCUGUUUGGACGCAGCAUUUCCAUGUUCCUGUUGCACAUAAUGCUGCUGAAGUGCACUUUGUUGUUAAAGACAGUGAUGUGGUAGGUUCACAGCUCAUUGGCAUUGUAUCAAUUCCCGUGGAACAAAUAUACUCAGGGGGGAAAAUAGAAGGGACCUAUCCAGUGAUGAAUAAUGGGAAGCCUUGUAAGCCAGGUGCUGUCUUGAGGUUAUCCAUUCAGUACAUUCCAAUUGAGAAACUGAGCAUUUAUCACCAAGGAGUUGGUGCUGGACCAGAGUACAUUGGAGUUCCUGGAACUUAUUUUCCUCUGAGGAAAGGUGGAACUGUUACUCUAUAUCAAGAUGCCCAUGUCCCAGAUGGCUGCCUUCCUAAUGUGAUACUUGACCAAGGGAUGUAUUAUGCACAUGGAAAAUGUUGGCAUGACAUCUUUGAUGCCAUACGUCAAGCCCGGCGUUUGAUUUAUAUUACAGGGUGGUCAGUAUGGCACAAAGUUCUGUUGGUAAGGGAUGUUGGCAAUCCAUCAGGUUAUGCACUGGGUGAGCUUCUAAGGUCCAAGUCACAGGAAGGAGUUAGAGUGCUUCUCCUUAUUUGGGAUGAUCCUACGUCCAGGAGCAUUUUAGGUUAUAAAACAGAUGGUGUCAUGGCAACUCAUGAUGAAGAAACUCGACGAUUUUUCAAACACUCUUCUGUAAAAGUGCUGCUUUGUCCACGGAUUGCAGGAAAACGACACAGCUGGGUGAAGCAAAGGGAAACCAGUACUAUAUAUACGCAUCACCAGAAAACUGUAAUUGUCGAUGCUGAUGCUGGAAAUAAUAGUAGAAAAAUUGUAGCAUUUGUUGGUGGACUUGAUUUGUGUGAUGGGCGAUACGAUACUCCCCACCAUCCUCUCUUUAGAACACUCCAGACACUGCACAAGGAUGACUAUCAUAACCCUACCUUCACGGGUAAUGUUGGAGGUUGUCCAAGGGAGCCAUGGCAUGACUUGCAUUCUAGAAUUGAUGGUCCAGCAGCAUAUGAUGUUCUGACCAACUUUGAGGAGCGCUGGUUAAAAGCUUCAAAACCUCAUGGGAUACAAAAGUUGAAAGGUUCAUAUGAUGAUGCUUUGCUUAGGCUGGAAAGAAUCCCAGACAUUAUUGGGAUGUCUGAUGCUCGUAAUUCUAAUGAAAAUGACCCUGAAGGUUGGCAUGUUCAGAUAUUUCGAUCAAUUGAUUCAAAUUCAGUAAAGGGUUUUCCAAAGGAUCCAAAAGAUGCGACAAGCAAGAACUUAGUUUGUGGGAAGAAUGUGCUGAUUGACAUGAGCAUACAUACAGCAUAUGUGAAGGCCAUCCGUGCUGCACAGCAUUACAUAUAUAUAGAGAAUCAAUAUUUCAUUGGGUCUUCUUACAAUUGGAGUCAACAUAAAGACCUUGGUGCUAAUAAUUUGAUUCCAAUGGAAAUUGCCCUAAAGAUUGCUGAAAAGAUCAAGGCCAAUGAACGAUUUGCUGUGUAUAUUGUUAUUCCAAUGUGGCCUGAGGGUGUUCCCACUGGUGCUGCCACACAAAGGAUUCUGUUUUGGCAGCAUAAAACAAUGCAAAUGAUGUACGAGACAAUUUACACGGCUUUAGUUGAGGCUGGGCUUGAGGAGGCAUUCUCACCAGAAGACUACUUGAACUUUUUCUGUCUUGGCAACCGGGAGGUCAAUGAUACAUAUGGUAACAAUGCAACGCCUGGAAAUCCUCCUCCUGCAAAUAGUCCACAGGCACUAAGUCAAAGUAGCCGACGUUUCAUGAUUUAUGUUCAUUCGAAAGGCAUGAUAGUUGAUGAUGAGUAUGUGAUAUUGGGAUCUGCAAACAUCAACCAGCGCUCUAUGGAAGGAACAAGGGACAGUGAGAUUGCAAUGGGAGCUUACCAACCUCAUUAUACUUGGGCAAGAAGACAUUCUUAUCCACGUGGACAGAUCCAUGGAUAUAGGAUGUCGCUCUGGGCAGAACACACAGGAACAAUUGAAAACUGCUUCUUGCAACCAGAGAGCCUUGAAUGCGUCAGAAGAGUAAGAGUGAUGGGUGAAAUGAACUGGAAACGAUUUGCGGCACCCGAAGUAACAGAUAUGAAAGGGCACCUAUUGAAAUACCCAGUUGAAGUUGAUCGAAAGGGAAAGGUCAGAUCUCUCCCUGGCCAUGAAAACUUCCCUGAUGUUGGAGGCAAAGUAACAGGGUCAUUUCUUGCCAUUCAGGAGAAUCUUACCAUUUAAUGAAUUUGAUAGACAUUCAUUUCUUCCUCCCAGCGAUUAGAAUAUGAUGAAUGUAAAUUACAAAAUAGAAUGUUUUAUAGUUUUUGGGAAGUAAUUUACACCAUAGAAGAGUUGACAAUUUUUAAGUGCCUCAUGCUUGUUGAAGACACAGAUACAGAUGGGGUGUACAGUUUUGCAACUUGCACGUUUGGUUAUUGUUCAUGUGAAUAUUGUUAUAACUGGAGCAAGUAUUGUGAUUUGCUGAUACUGUAAUUAUUACUCUUUAAACAUUAUAAAAUGUUGGCCAAUAAAGUUAUGACUUCUUGUCUUAA